AUGACUAUCCUUGCCUCACUUCAAUCAAUGGGAACUGCCAAGAUGUCCUCUAUCAGUAAAUCAUCAUUCUCCUCAUCAUCAUCAAUGUCACUCCAAUCAUCGAAUCAAGUUGCAUGUGGAGGAUGUAAUGGAAAUCUUGUUGGUGGUCUUUUAGGAGGAGCUGUUGGAGUUGUUGGUGGUGUCGUUGGAGUCACUACUGGCAUUGUUGGUGGAUUACUUGGAGGCUUAUUAGGUGGUGGUAAUGGUUGUGGAUCAUGUCAUUAA